UUUGGGCGUCCCGGUUGCAUAGAAACCAAUCGACACGAGCUUUCUGCGUUGACAAUACAAACCCAACAGUUUGUGGAUAUUUUACGGUGAGAAGACUAUAUCAAUGAUAUAAAUGCUACAUGCAGUCAUCGUGACAUCUUAGUAAAACGUGAGCUACUGACUGUCAGUGUUUAAAUCCUUAACUGCUCUAUUUGAUUAUUUGUGAGCCAGCUAACAAGACUGGCUGCUCACGCAAGUUGACAUCGGGUCCAGGAACAACUCGUCAAAACAUGAAAAUGUCUUCUAAGCAACCGUUGUGUGUUCUGUUUUCCGGUUAUUGAAGACUAGUUCGACUGACAAGAGACAAAUGUCGGCUUUCAAGAGGUGAAAGUAACGUAAACCGCAGCAAACCGGUGACGCACAAGCUAGCUAGAGCUAGCGCCGCCGUCGUUAGCUUACAGGUUUGGCUCGUAAUAUUUAGGGCUGUUAAAAUAAUCCGCCGCCACAAAUGCUGAAAUAGUCGAAGUGGUAGCUAGAGAAUACGGUAGACAAGAAGGGACAUGGCUGGUAAUGACGACGGCAUCCCCGAGUUGGACCAACAAAAGUACGAUGCGGACGAACAGGUGAAGAUAAUCUGUCUGGGAGACAGUGCCGUUGGUAAAUCCAAGCUGAUGGAAAGGUUUCUCCUGGACGAAUAUCGACCACAGCAGUUGUCAACGUACGCAUUGACACUCUACAAACAUACCGCCAAGGUGGCCAACAAGACCGUAGCAGUGGAUUUCUGGGACACGGCCGGCCAGGAGAGGUUUCAGAGCAUGCACCCCUCAUACUACCACAAAGCACACGCAUGUAUCAUGGUUUUUGAUGUCCAGCGGAAGAUCACCUAUAAGAAUCUGGCCAACUGGUACAAGGAGCUGAGGGAGUACAGACCUGAGAUCCCCUGUUGUGUGGUGGCCAACAAGAUUGAUGCUGAUCAAAAAGUGACACAACGAAGUUUCAACUUUGCCAAGAAGCAGGGACUCCCUUUUUACUUUGUAUCUGCAGCAGAUGGCACUAACGUCGUAAAGAUGUUCAGGGAGAUGAUCAAGAGAGCCGCAGAAUACAAGCAAAACACUAGUAACUUCAUGGAUGAAGUCAUGCAAGAAUUAGAGUGGAGAGCCAGGACUGUAUGGGGGUAUACGGCGAAGCAAGUUUAGUGGGUUAGCGAGCUGUGUUGAGUUGAAAGCUGGACUUGCCCUUGCAGCGAAGGUACAGUAGCUCUCCUGUAUCACUGUGGCGAAACUCACAACCUGGUCAGGACCAGGUUAUGUCCAGGCUUUCAGCUUAAAAUCAGCUAUGAAAGUGCCACUGUUUCACUGUUUAACUAAUUUGGAGAUGGCGUCACCAUUUCUUGAGAACCUAAAAGGCUCCCGACGGGAAAUGGAGAAAAAAAUGUUGAAAAACAGAGCAUUCCCUGAUAUUAUCCAUCUAUGAAUGAGAUAGAUUUUCAGACGAGGGAAUGCGCUAGAUAUGCUCCCAGGAGCACCAGCAAUAAAAUACAAUAUGAAAUAUUAAUUAGGCCAACAUUAGCAAACAUAAGCGUCAUUACAGUCCUGGCGUGAUUACUCGUCAACGCUGCCAUCUAGUGGUCACAAUGAGAUACAACAAGACGACGCUCCAAAAAUAAAAACAAAAUAAUAUUUUUUUUGCUCCAAUUUAUUUAUUUUUAAAUGGAAAAGUGUUCAAAUGUCAAAGUUGGGCAGUGUUGAUAAAGGAAAAGACUAGUAGGGUAUGGUUAGUAUAAUAAAUUAGUGCUAACUUGCCCAUUACAUGCUCUGCAUUGUUCUGUCAGCUGUCCUUUCCUCGCUCUAUUGGUGGCGACAAAUGCUGCUUUUAGCAGUCAUAAUCUUUUGGGAACUUUUCAUAACGCUCCGUAGUAAUUUUGUACUCGUUUUUUGUAAAAUACACUGGCUUGGAUCGCUUCACUUUUCAGCGGAAGCACAAUAAUAUGGCGUCAACCGGCCCCUUUCAUGUGAACGCGCACUUAGCACAAAGCCGAAAACCCGGAUUUGACAAAGUGAGGUGAUAACUCCCGUCGCGGGACCAUUUAAGUCUGAUUGCGGAUGUUGGGUUUUGUCGAGCGGCAUCUUGAGCACAAACCUCAAACCUGGGUUUGUUGAGCCACUUUCGCCGUAGACCCCCAAAGUGAUUUGGGCAAACUCGCUGGAGCACCUCCGUCUACAGAACCGCUCUGGUCAGAGAGCCAGACGCAAUGGAACAUUUGAUGGGCUUUGUUAAUAAACAGUUCAGAUUUUCAUCCAGCUGGCAGAUUUGACAUUGAUAAAUCUGAUAUAUUGUCUGGUAUCUUUUAUCACCAACACAGAAAGACAAACAUAUACGCACAUCUCAACAACAGCUGCCUGCAUGGCUCGAAUGGGCCUGUCACUACGCAAUACGUACCCGGAACACAACUGGUGCUGCGCAUGCGCGAAGACUACGUCACUUCCUCCUUGAGCAAAUUUUUACGACAAUGCUUCUGUGACCUCACGUGCUGUGGUAGUUAUUUUUUAAAUGCAUCAACAUAAAUGGUCAACAACCAUACUUUAUAUAUGUAAUAUAUUGGGAGGUUAUUUUAUGAGUGACUCUUGUUAAAAUACUUCGUUAGCAUGCGGCUGUUUCUAUCGUCUUAUGACAUCCACCAAGACUGAGCUACGUAAAAACUUACGCAAUGCACGUAGCGCAGACGUAAACGUCGUAUCCAGUUACGUAUAAAUACAUAAAUAAAUUGAAUAAAACACAUAAAAUGCAGUUAUAUUACAAUGUAAGCAGAGUGCAAUGAGAGGAUUAUGGUCAAGUUUUUUUUUUUAAACGGAGAAAUACAACUCAUCCAAACAUAUCUUCCGAGCAAAUGCCUUUGUUUGUAUUUUUUUAGUGGUGAAAAAAACGUACAAUAAUUUAUGGAGCAAAGAAAAAAGGGCUUAUAAAUUGUCCACCUGCACCGUGGAUAUGAUCUAAGAAAAACAUGAUAGAUUAUGUUGUAAUUUCUCAAAUUUCUGUCUCUUAAUAACGUUUUUGGGGGUGGGGAGGGACGUAUAUUGCUUGCUGCUGUAAAAUAGAUCGAUGGAUGGCGUAGAUUACACAUGCCCAACAUGUGAGUGCCAAAGAAUAGGCCGACCGGAUGUAGACGUGUUCUGCACAUGCAUUGAACCGAUUGCCUUCCGGGUACGUAUUGCAUAGCGACAGGGCCAUCUGUCCUAAGCAGCCUUAGCUGCUCUGCCAGAUGCCUGGCGUAAAAAACAUGUCCGCCCUGAGCAGUGCCUGCACUAAAUACAAACGUUUAAUUAGGAAAUUCACAUAAGCGAUUGACCGGGUAAUUCCCAACGAUCGACUGGCCCAUCUCGACGGGUUGGUGACCCGUGCUGUAGUUGCAACAUAAUGUAGAAAUGUAAAAAUGGACAGUGGAUGGAAAAUAGCAUUUUAGGCUGACUUCACCAUGACCCUUACCACUGUUGAUUUGGAUUGGCACAAGAUGAAAAACACUUGGCUUGUUUUUUUCCACUUGGAUGACAUUUUGUCUUUGUAGAACUUUGAGCUUGAGAAGAAAGAAGCUAGCUCGGACACAGAAGGCGAUGAAGCAAAGAGGGAGAGCCCCGAGUUGCCCUGACAAAGAAAGUUUCAUGGGUGAUUUAUAAUCUUUCCCUUGCCAAUUGAAUGUACUUUUUGUCCAAAUAAUCUCCUGACAGCUGCUACAAGGCAUCUCAAACUUGUGUGUUUUGUAACUUGUUACCCACAGCUUAUUUUAAUUGUUUGAACAACAGAUUACAUUUUUAAGAGCUACAAACCUGUUAUGUCAUGUAAUAUGAAUGUGAACCACUCCGCUCUAACUGAUGCAGAGCCAAGAAAAUGUAUAUUUUCUGAUUUUCUGAUUUGUGUGCAACACCCACAGGAUGCCGCAUUUGUAUGUUUUAGUUUUGCCAGCAACCUGUAAAUGAAAACUCAGUGUACCACAUAAUAAAAUAGCGAUGUAUUGUUUCCCCUUAAAGCAGCACUUGUCAUAAAUAGCAGAGCAGCAGUUGUAAAGAAUGUAAACUAAACAAAAAAAAAAAGUGUAUGUGCUGUAUAUGUGAGUGUCAUGUUCGGUGUGACGUGUGAAUAAAUCUACUGAGCCACUGACUUAGCAGUUCAGGUUUUAAUUAUAAAUGUGUUACAUAAUAUAACAAACGUAUCUCUGUGGCGGCCAUAUAUCGAGCAACAUCUCAGACUUGUAGCACCCUCCCUUGCUGUGUUAGCAUGAGUGAUGCUAAGUUAAGUCUGAUUAUUUGUAUUGUAGCUUCAGGGGGUGAUGGUGAUGAUGUGUUCAGUUCAGCUGACCAGCAAGUCAAGGCUGAGAUGUUGCAGCGAUACGUCAACCAUUCAAAACUUCACAGUGCAAACAAGGAGAGAGGAAAAAAAAAACAACAAUGAAAGAAAAAUGAAAACCCUUCUAUGAUAAAAUCAGGGGAUGUUUUUAAAAAGUUAACACCCCCUCUCUCACGAUGUAGAUUGUGCUUUGUUGAUCGGAAAAGCAGCAAACGAUAACCUUUCACUGAACUGAUUAGCCCAAAUGAUGUGUCAAGCAUCAGGUCACGAGUGUGUUUGUGGUAUGAAACAAUCUUGUCGGUAACUCAAACCUCUAAAAGUUUCACUUAGAUGGAACAUAAACUGCAAAUAAAGCCAUAUGAAUUCAAAUAGAAAUGUAAAACAGCAGUGAUUCUCCACUGGUAGGUCGCGGGUCUUUGCCUUGGCAAUAAAAUAAUACUGUGAUGAGCCGAUGUCCAUGAAUGCAACAUAACUGUUGGAAACAGUCUCGAAAUAUAAGCUAUUUGAGAAGUUGAGUUGAAAAAUGUCCGCAACUUGGGUCGCCCCUUGUCACUGAGGAGUGACGGUGUGUCCCGCCGCCAAACCAGUUGAGAACCACUGAUCUAAAGCCUGCCUUGUCUGUACUAAAGUGAGACUAAUGACUGGAGGUCCUCUGAUGGGAAACAAGUGAGUGAGCUAUCAAAUGUCUGCAGUUCUCAAGAUUUUCAGGAGAUGGCACCAUAUUAUUGAGUCUGUAACAGCUCAAAAUGCUGCAACUAAGAUAGUCUUAAAGAC